AUGUCAUAUUUCCCAUAAUAAAGACAGUAGUGGAGGUUUACACGUAGCAUUGCUCUCUUUUUUCUCCCUUCAAAUGCUUCAGAUUCAACUUCAAGACAGCAUGGAGAAUAAACAGCUGCAAUUACUCUUAGGAAGGGAAACUAACCCAGCAACUGAAAACCAGUCCUUGGAGAUGCUAAAAGAUCUAGCAUUGAAGUGGUUUAUGGAGACACAGGUUCCUCUUAUAUUACAGAAUGGUAUUUUACCUGAGUGGUUCUAUGGAUUCAUUACAAGAAAGCAGAGUGAAGAGCUGCUUAAAGACAAAGAUGUUGGCUGUUUUCUUAUCAGAUUAAGUGACAGAACAAUUGGUUACAUUCUGUCAUAUAGAGGAAAAGAUCGAUGUCGGCAUUUCGUCAUUAAUCACCUACGGAACGGACAUUAUGUAGUAUCAGGGGAUACCUGUACCCAUGAAAGCCUCGCAGAGCUGAUAAGCUAUUACCAGACUUCAGAAAUCAACCCUUUUGGAGAAAAUCUUACAACAGUUUGUGCUCAGCCAAUGGAGAAUAGUUUAUAUGAUGAGAUCGCUUUGGAUCAGCAAACCUCUUCAAAGCAAAGUAAAUCAAACAGUGGCGAAGUCAAUCCCUUGCUGAAAAGGCAAGCGUCUGGCAGCUCACAAACCACUGUGCUAAUGAAGGAAGCCACCUCUGUACCUCCAAAGUCAAAGACAGAGCACAAGAACUUAUCAGGAGAAAGAAAGAACUUUAACCCCCAGGAUCCAGACAUAGCCCCACCACUGCCGGAUAGGAUCAGCUUGCUUAUGCAGGAGACAUUCAAGCUAGACUUAAACGAUCAAGGAAACACUAUAUAUGCAGAGCUGAACAAACAUCAUCUAAAGGACAGAGGCCUUAGUUUGGAGACCCACUCUGCCACUGACAAAGUCCUCAUUGAGAAACCAGCCUGUUCAUCACAAGGAGACACCCAGCAAAAACCAGGAGAACCAGACCAAGCAAACUACUCUCCUUGCAAAAAAAUCAGCUCGGUGUAUGCUUUGGCUAAGCAAGCCGAACGUUUCUAUGACAAAAAAAUUGAUCUUAUAAAGCUAUCGCCUCCAGAAACUGUUUAUUCUGAAGUUAAGCUUGAGCAAGGUAAAAGCCAUUCCACACUUCCUUGGGGUCAAAAUGUCCAUUCUCUAUCACUUUGUCCAUCAACUUCUGCAGACACAAAGAAGUUGACAUUAAGUACUCCUGCUUCAACACCCCCUAAGUUGUCUCCUAAGUUACCUAUUAAAGCUAGGACCUCUGUGGAGUCCCAAAGUUCAGAAGAGCUAUUUGCACCCUAUGCAACCUUCCUCCAAAGCAAUGAAAGGCUUAGAAAACCAAACAAGAUCCUUUGUGAUUCACCUACACAUAGCACAUAUGGGCAGAUUGAGAAGGUGAAAGCUUGUAAGCCUUUUGCUUCUGGCUCUGAUAGUGGGAACAAUACUUAUGAACAGAUUCCUGUUGGACAGCCAAAGUCAUCUACUCAUGACCAAGCUUCUGAGAGACAUUCUAAGUCUCCUCUAGUACAACUCAAUGAUACUUAUGAUGAGGUGUCUUCUUUGACCAUAGGAUCCUCCAGAACAGAGAAGUGUACUGAAAAUACGUAUGAAAAGAUCCCCGAGAAUCUCCAGAAAGGCUCAUCUGCAAAGCAAAUUCCUGCUACUGAUAACACAUAUGAGCAAAUUUCCCUAGACCUUGUGAAGGGAGCAGAAGCAAAACCAAACCAGAAGAUGGACAAGCGAAGAAGAUUUUUUUUUUCUGACAAGAAGAAUAAAUUCUGAAGGAGGAGUUUUAAAUUUGUUCCAUUUAGCCUAGACUAAAGAUCGUAGAAAAAUAUGCAGACAAAUUCAUCCCUUGUGUAAUUUCCCCAAUGGCUGUGGUAAACCAGGGACAUGUUUAGCCUGUACUGUCUAUAAUAGCACAAAUAGAGAUAAAUGCUGGAAAAUGAAUACCUGUUUGUCAAAUAGUUAAAGGCCCCAGCUCAUAGAAAUCUGCACAACUUCAAUUUUCUUUUCACUUGAGCCAUGUGAAUUUAGGACCAAAUUCAGGCACUGACCUAGAGUCCGAAGCCCAGGAGCAUGAAACAUAUGGUGGAAGUUGGCCACCCCAUGCCAAUUCUCCCCCAAGCUUGUGGGGAAGCAAUCCCUCCAUCACAGAGGGUUUUAAAUUGGAAUAGGGGAGAGACACAGAUUGUGUGGAUCAGCUGAAAGUUUGUAUCCAUCUUGCCUUGUGUGUCCCUGGUUGGGUAGAGAAACAGGGAUAGCACUGUUUUGAUAUCUGUUUAAGGAACCAAUUUAGAGCUAUUCAGCUAGGAAGCCAUCCUGGACCUGCAGUGCAACAACUUUAUUGAACAUACAAAUUCAUGAACAAUAUUGCAGACCCUGUUGUAAUAAGAACUACUGGCAUAUAUGAACUUGUGUUCCCUGUCUGUAGAAACUUGUAACCCUUAUUCUUAGCCUAUAAGCUCUUUAGAAGCAAGGACUGUCAGUGCUUUUGUUCUUUGCACAGUGCCUAAAACAAUGGGGUCCUGGUCUUUGACUGGGGCUCCACAAUUCACAUCACACCCACCUUUUUAUUAGGGUGGUCAAGAGAUUAAAUAAGUGGUAUUCUAUUAUUGUUUAACCACAUGAUUAAUUUUUAAAUUUUUGUGGAUGCUUUCUAUAUUUUCAAUUAUAUUGAUUUCAAUUAACAACAGCGCUCACUUGGCAGCGCUCACUUUAUAUUUUUGAUUAAAAGUGUUUGCACUGUAAAAAGACAAAAGAAAUAGUAUGUUUCAAUUCACCCAACACAAGUACUGUAGUGCAAUUGAGUGCAGUUAUGGAACAAAAAAAUCUACAUUUUUAAGUUGCACUUUCAGGACAAAGACUGCAUUACAGUACUUGGAGGUGAACUGAAAAAUACUAUUUUUUCUGUUUAUCAUUUUUACAGUGCAAGUGUAAUAUACACUGAUUUCAAUUACACCACAGAAUACAAGAUAUAUGAAAAUGUAGAAAAACAUCCAAAAUAUUUAAUAAAUUUCAAUUGGUAGUCUCUUGUUUAACCAUGUGAUUAAAACUACAAUUAAUGUUUCAGAGUUAAUCGCAUGAGUUAACUACAAUUAAUUGACAGCCCUACUUUCUAUAUACAACUCUCGACAGAAGUAAUUGAGUAAUGCUACUAAAUUAUUUCAAUAUGGUAUUUUUCCAUUUUUAAAAAAUCCUCAGCCUGAUUCUAAUCAGACAUCAGUUUUACAUUGGUUAAACUCCAUUUGCUCAAGUUAUUCCUGAUUUGCAGAGAUGUAAGUAAAAGCAGGAUAAAGCCCUUUGAACUUGA